CGUCCAGGGAUAGGGCUACUAAGGAUUUAAAAAUUUUCACGAUGCCCUCAUUUAGGCAAGCGGGUCUUGUUCGUGUCAGACACGCUACCUAGAUAAGGGACUCGGAACCCCACGAUCUUUUUCCUUCUUCAUCAAGGUAGUAACACGUACCCUGGGUUGUCUCACUACCCAUACGUGUGUCUAAAAUCAUGAGGCAUACAAACUCAUCCGCAAUUUGAUAUUUCUCUUCGAACCAGCACUCCCCUCUCCCCUGUGCAUCUCACUGUGCAUGUUGUAUCAUUGAGCAGCACAACACUCGUUCGCAGCCUCCGCGUAGUGAGGCAAGUCGCGUCCCAUGGGACCCGCUGCGCAUCCGCUGCCGCCGUCGAGCAGUCUUCCGCCUUUGCGCACCUUGGCCCAGCUUACUGAAGCCGAGAUCGCCGCCGCUCUACAGAACCUGUCCAUCAUCUACUGCCCCUUGGCCGUCUCCGUCGCCUUUCAGCUUACCCCCGAAACACAAAAGUUCGCUCACCAUGACUCAUCUCUCGCCGACUCUGGCUACGUGUCAGAGACAGACGAUGACCAUGAGGAGAUUGACGGCCUCGACCAUCACGUUGCCGCUCUCAAGGUCGACAUCUUUGAGCGCAAUUGCGCCGAGCGCUGGUUGACUGGCUUUAUUGCCAGAGCCGAGGCUCUAUCUUGCUUCGAAUCCGAGGAUGCCUGUCAGCACGCACUGGACCAGGCUUCUUGCGUCCUCGAAUCUUUCUUCGCCGCCCCACCAGACGACGAUGCCUCGGCCGAAAAGGAUCAGGAUUACACGCGCGAUUUCUCGUUCCAACUCUCGCUCCUCGGGCCACCAUCAGCGAGUGUUCCCGUCACCGUCCGACUCAAUGAUAGGUUGGCAGGCACAAACUCGGCUGACCCUGACGAUGUCGGUCUCCAGAGCUGGGGCGCCUCCAUCGUCCUGUCGGAAAUCAUGUGUGCUUCGCCGGAGCGCUUUGGUCUUUCUCAACCUCGACUAAGUGUUUCGCCACGCAUCAUUGAGCUCGGCGCCGGCACGGGGCUUGUGAGUCUCAUGCUCGGCAAAAUGCUGCCUCACUUGGGAGCACCUAGUCCAACCAUCGUCGCUACUGAUUACCACCCGGCCGUGCUUGAGAAUCUGCGGGCCAAUGUCGCCCUCAACUUCCCAACCGCCCAGCCGACCCACGUGGUGCAAACCGCCACUCUCGACUGGGCAGCGCCUGUCCUAGAUGCACCUCUCCAUGUUCCCGCCGAUAUCAUCAUCGCGACCGACGUCAUCUACGCACCGGAGCAUGCCCUCUGGCUACGUGACUGCGCGACUUGCUUGCUCGCAGAUUCCGGUGUGUUCUGGCUCCUGGUCACAGUGCGGCGCAACGGCCGCUUCAACGGCGUUAGUGACAGCGUCGAGUCCGCUUUCACGGCUAGCGACAGUCCCAACCGGUCAGACGGCAAGAGACUGGCCAUCCUAGAAUCAGAGGAACUGCAGAAACGGAGCGGAGUCGGACGAGGAGACGAGAGUGGCUACAAGCUUCUCCGGAUUGGAUGGGCCUGAUCGAUUAUACGGAUCGUCUUAGGGCGUUGAGAUGAGACACACGAAUUCUUCACGAAUAGACUAAGGAUACUACAUAGAUGAUAGACG